UGCGCUCUCUUUUAAAAUCACGAUCACAAAUAUCAACAGAAAGAAGAAACGCGCAACAAUGUAGCGUGAAAUUAAUUUGAACUUUGAACACACCAUAAACAGUAUUUCUCUUUACAUGUUUUUGAAAAGAACCGGAAUAUGGAUCAUUUUAGCACAUUUAUCGCUGUGGUGUCAGGUGUAUCUGUGGUGUACCUCUUUCAUUCAGUCUUUUACACUUCUCACAUCUCCUUUAAAACUCACACAGUCUUUGACUCCCGGAGACAUUUGCCUGGUUCUGUUUAUCUUAUGACCAGAUACGUUCAUGAAUCUCUCCGCAAAAAACGAGGACAAAUGUGGAAAAACAAAGACACAAAUGACGAGCUUGUUUUCACUUUGAUCAACUGCAGGUAUGAUGCUGUGUCUUUGAGGAGGUUCUGCAGUGUUUCGGGUUAUGGUUGGGACUAUCCUGACAGCGUCUUCAGAGAUGUUCCCUUGUGCUAUCCUGAGUUUCUCUUCACUAGACUGCUCACCAUGAUUGUGUGCUCAGAGAGAUUCAAACUAAGCCCUUUGGGUCUGUUGAGAGUCCGUGAGACCUUGAGUCUGACUGAGCCCGUGGAUGAGCUGAAGAGAGGGACAUUCUCCCUGCAGGCCAGAGUGCUGGACUACAGGACUGUUAGUGCGGGAGUGGAGGUGGAUCUCACUUUAACCGCAUCCAGACUUCAGCAGACUGUAUGGAGCAGCACACUGACUCUACUUUCUCCUAAAAAUAAAUUCAGGCAUGAGGCUCAGCCUGACUUAGAGAUCACCCAUGAUCCUGUGUCGGAGAGAUGUAUCAGCCUGGCUGUUCCUUGGUCCACCGGUGUGAGUUGUGCCUGGGUGUUUGGUGACCUCUGCCCUCUGCAUGUAUUUUCUUGGCUGAGGUUUACCCGUCCCACCGCACACGCCUUGUGGAUGUUCUCCAGAUGCAUGGCAGAAAUGGAGAAGCACAAUGGAGUUGAAGUGGUGAGAGCUCCUCUAACUGUGUCAGUCUGUUACAAACAGCCUGCGUCUUUUCCAAGGAAAUUCACCAUCAGAGUCAGUAAAAACACUACUGAAACUUCAAGCACAGCAUCAUUUUCAGUAGACGACCACAGAACCAGGACACUGUACCUCUCAGGACAGAUAAAACAACAGUCAAAGGAGAAGGCAGAAUGAUGGCGAUGUAACUCUUACAGAAAGGAUACUAACCGCUUAAACUUCUGUUUUGGCAUGAAACUUAUAUUUGUUCAUGGGGAAUUAAUUGGAUAGUUGUGGUUUACUAUUGGUGGAUCUCAUGUGAGUGUCAGGUUGUCUGGUGGAAUACUGAUUAUUUCUAAAGACUGGAGAAACCUUGGAAAAUGUUUGUUAGAUCGGAUGGAUCCCACAUCAGAGAUAUCAGAUGUAUCUGGACCCCAGACUCUGAAUCCAUGCCAGAAGAUAUCAGUCUUCUAUCAGCCUAGGAGUGUGACUGAGAAAGCCAGGGAAGAGCAGACGCAGGAGACGAAGUGAUAAUAAAAAGAGCAGAGUUUAUUGAUUAAUCUUAGUAGCAUGUUUCAAUGCUCAGACUUCGUCUGAAUGUCUCAAUGCUGAUGCUCAGACUUCGUAUGACCAACAAAUUCCAACAAAUCCAACGUGUUAUUAUACCACAGCAAGAACAAUGGAAAAUUGUGUUUCACAACAUCGUCCUGUGACCUUAAAAUGGAAACAUUCUCUUAACUCCUACUCAUGAAAACCAACAUCCCUUCAAACUAUACAAUCAUAAGAUUAAACAACAUAGCAGGCAUUUCAAGAGCAAGGAAAUAAGUAAAAUAAUAAUAUAAUAUAAAAUAUAAAAACAUAAAAAGACAUAAAUGAAUAAUAACAAUAAAAUGACGAAUAAAUAAUAAAUGUUAUCAAUCAAAUAUUAAUAUGAAUAAAUGAUUAAAUGAUAAAUCAAAUGACAAAUACAUAAAUGACUAACGAAUAUAAAUGAUUAUAAAAUUAAAUCAUAAAAAAGAAAAUAAAACACAGAUAUAUGGUUGCUCUCUUAAAGUAACACACACAGGUUGCUAUUGAGAAUCUUUAGAUCCUUCAUCACGUAGAACUCAAUUAUGUAUUUUUUGUGCUCAGAAACUUGAUAAAUAGUACCAUAAAUAGUUUUAUAAAAGUGGACUUAAAGCAAAUAAAAUAAAUUGCUACAAAAGUAUUAAAUAUUGCCCAUUUACACAUGAAUUUAUUGUAUAUUUUUGUUUUGAAUUCAGCCUAAUUGGCUUGCAUUUCUCUCACAAUAUUGUACAAUGUUUAAAGCAUUGUACAUGUGCAGUGAAAUCACUUUUAACUGGCGUCUGUAUCAGUGGGGGAGGAGCUGUAGAUCUGUAUCCUGUGAGUGAAGGGCUGUUUCUCAUGAAUAUUUCACUCUCUCCCCUCUUUUCUCUUUCCCCUUCCCUAUGCAUACACACAUGUGUGUAAGUGCUCCAUGUGUAUUAUUCAUUAGUAUGUUGUCAGCGUAUAUGAGGAGGGGGUUUCUCACAAAAGCUCUUUUCAGAACAAGAUAAAUAUAUAUAACUUUUAUAUCUA